AGGUUAGGAUGCGUUCACCUGUUUCGGGGUGUGGCCAGAGAUGACGGCAGUCUCAGGAAUUAACCGCAGAGAUAUUGCUCAGACAAACACACAGGACGAGACAAUGAACAGUUGUGUUUAGGUCCAUGUUAGAAUACAUCGUUUGAUUUUCUUUUCUUUCCCUUUUCUCUUAUUUUUUGUCAUUUGAGGAGUUUUGUUUCCCUAUUUUCAUUCGGAGCCGAGGCUUUUUGCAGCGUUUUGUCAUCAUGCAGAGAUUAGCUGCGCUGAUCCUUCUGCUGUCGCUUCUACAAGUGUCAGUGUGUAUUCAGGUGAAUGUUCCUCAGCAGGAGCGCAGCACUGCUCUGUUUGCCUCAGUGAUCCUCCGUUGUGACUACUCCACUUCUGCAAAUCUCCAAGAUGUCCUCGUCACCUGGAGAUACAAGUCCUUCUGCAAGGACCCUGUGCUGGACUACUACUCCACAGCGUACCAGUCUGCACUACAGUUAGGGCAGGACCCAUCGAAUGACUGUCCAGAUCGUCAGCGGACAGUGCGCACAGUGAUCCAGAAGAGAGGAAGCAGCGAGCCGACACUGGGAGCAGAAUACCGUGAACGCAGGAUCACCAUCCAAAAUAAGGCAGACCUGGUGAUCAAUGAGGUGAUGUGGUGGGACAACGGGGUGUACUACUGCUCUGUCGAUGCUGCUGGAGACACCUCUGGAGACUCUGACAAAGAAGUCAAACUCAUUGUUUACCACUGGUUGACCGUGUUGUUGAUCGUCAUUGGAGCCCUCCUUCUGAUCCUCCUCUUCUGUAUCUGCUGCUGCCAGUGUUGUCCACAGAAAUGCUGCUGCUAUGUUCGCUGUCCCUGCUGCCCACAGCAAUGCUGCUGUCCUGAAAAAGCGGUGAUGCAGCACCGUAUGAUGAAGGAUGCUCAGAGGGCCAUGGCUCCCUGGUUAGGAGGACAGCCGGCAUAUGGACCAAUGAGCCACGCCUCCUCCCAGAUGAACCCGCUACUCUACUCAGGAUCUGUUUCAGGGAAGAGCAUACCUAUGAAUUCUAUGCCCCUCCCUCCUCCUCAAUAUUCAUCUUACAACAUGGCCCCUCCCAGUGUCCAUGGCAACUAUUCCCCUGCCAACACCAAUCAAAUGCUUGAUUACCUGGAGGGCCAGAUGAGGGGGAUAGACAUGACCAGUCCUCAGCUACAGUCCCAGCCACCUCCUCCCCACCACAUGCAGCACAUCCCACCUCCUCCCCACCACAUGCAGCACAUCCCACCUCCUCCCCAGCACAUGCAAACCACCGUCCCAUUUUCCCCCGGCCCUCCCAGCAUGAUCUCUGCCCUUGAUGAGGGCCCAACAGAGCGUCGCGUCAUCACACUUCCACCAAUAAGAGAGCAGCCGCUGGGCAGACUCCCACCCCCUGCACCCAAGACUCGCCCCCCGAGCUCCAGCGAGAGCAGCCGUAGCGGCUUUAACCGUCGUGACGAGCGAGGACCAGUGGGCAGGCGUCACCCCUCACCUGCCCGGUCUAGAGGUGUUCCCAGGAGCUACAGCGAGGAGUCACUUGACGGGCGGAGUCGCAGCGGGGCACGAGGGAGCAUGGACCGCCCCCGUUCCCGUUCCAGGGAUGACCUGUUUGACAGCAGGUCCAGAGGAAACUACUCUCCCCCAGCAUCAAGGCGCUCGAAAAGAGGGUCCUGGAGCUCGGAUGAUGAAGACAGCAGCAGGAGAGGAGGAGGAGGAGGAGGAGGAGGGAGGAGAGGAGGAGAAGGCUGGGCUGAUAAACCUCCCAGCUACUCCGAGUACGAACCAGGACAGAAACCAGGAGCACGGAGGAAUGACAAGAGUUCUCGCAGUGGCACCAGCGUCGUCAUCUGAACCCUCCAACUGUGAAACGCCCUGUGACCUCUGUUUCAGAGAACAUGCGCACCUCACAGUAAUUGGGAGCCUUGUUGUCUUUUAAACUUUUAAAUGCCACCAUUGUUAUGUAUUUAAAUGAAUCAAAAACUAUUUAAUUACAUGUUUGUUAUGUGAAAAGCUUGUAGAAGGAUUCAUAAAAUGUGAGAUUGAAAGAUUCAGACACUUGGAGUAAUCCUCCUUCUCCAAGUGUGCAGGAGGUAAAGGAAAUGUUUGAUGGUAAUAAAGAAACCUAUUUUGUAGCCUAUAAAUGGUUUAUUUUUUUAGGAAAACAGAGCAAGUCUUUACUGUGACUACCUGAACAGAUUAUUUGGGAUAAUAUCCCCCUCUGCUGGUUCAUCAGUGUAAUGAAAAUAUUCUGAGGACUAAAAGCCUCCUGUUAGAUUAUUCUUAUAAGUGGCUUGAUGUUUCUCCUAUUAAAACUCUAUUUGUUUGGCAGUAACACAGUUAAUUUCCUAUAUUUGAUAAAGCCAUAAAAUAACCAUUAAGUGCUGAAGAAAUUACUCUCAGGGGCAGUAAAUAAACAAAUUACAAUUGUUGUUACAUUAGCCUAGAGCUAUUUAAACCCACAUAAAUGAGUAGACUUUUUAUAUUUUUUGUAAAUAGUUAUUUUUUAUAUCUCCUGGGUGGGUUGAAGUGACUAUAAUGUAUUUGUUUUACUAAAGUUUUUAAGGAAAAGGUGUAUAUUAGCAUUAACAGUAGCAUUUGUUCAGAUAACGGUUAAGUGGUUUUUAAACCUUUGUACAUAAGAUGAAUGAAGUAUUUACACUUGCUUAUGAAUAACUGUAAACACUGUGUGUAAAUAAGAAAUUUACAUGGUGUUGAUGUGGGAAAAGAAGUAAUGUCAACAAUGUUAUAGGCCCAAAAAGUACUGUUUUCUUUGUAAAUUAUGGUUGUGAGCACAAUAUGAAAAUUAAAUUGCAUUUAUAUAUAUAUAUAUAUAUAUAUAUAUAUAUAUAUAUAUAUAUAUAUAUAUAUAUAUAUAUAGCUCUGGAUAUAUUUGUACAGCUCUGGUUUACAUGGUUUCUUUUUCUCCUUUUUUGCUUGUGUCACUGUGGGGAUUGUGUUUAUUAAUAAUAUUUAACUUUUUAACUUUUUUUUACCUUUUUGGGUAUAACAAAACUGAUUAUUGUUGUAAUUCCCAUUUGAACUUUGACUUUAAUAAUAGGUUUAACGUUUUCCAAACACAACUAUCCGGUGUUGGUAGCUGCAUGACAAAGUUUACAAUAUAGAGAACAUUGCACAUGCAGCACAAACACAGGCUUGUAGUGUUUUCUGAGGCUUUGAGCGAAGGCCUACUGUAGAACAAAAAGUAGUUAUUUUUAUUUUAAAAAGUGAAGGCUUUAUUUCUCCAUUUAUAUCACCCGUGUCAGUGUGUUUUCUUGACAACAAUAGUUAACCUUAAUAGAUGUGAUAACACAUUUUUUUCAUUCAUUAAUAUUGCAUUUAACUUAUAAAUAUUCCAAUAGCUAAAUAAUAACGUGCUUCAGCUUGGACUCAAAGGUAGCCAGCUAUCAACAUUUGGCCAAACCUAUGACACAUCAGAAUAUAAACAAAAGUGUGAAUGUUUAUAACUAUUUGUCAAAAUCAACAGGUUAAAAAAUCUUGCAUGCUUGUCAUUCAAAUUUCACCUCUUUUAAAGAAUUUGGAGCAGUCAGGUGAACAGCUGAGAGCCAAUCAUGACAAUCUUCUCAACAUUUGCAAAUAAAAAAUAAAACAACAAAUACAAAAUGCACACCAAGUUCAAAUUAAAACAACUGCAUGAAUUAAUUGUAAGAAUAUAUUCAUUCAGAACCUUAAAAUAUACUUAAUUGGCGGGGGUUGACAACGAAAUGUAAGCCAACUGAGUAUUCUUUAGUCAUCACACAUACAUCUCUUGUCCAUCAUUUUGAAGUUAUCUAUUGUGAGAGGUGUUAAAAUAACCAUUUGGGAGAGAUAAAGAGUCUUUCACAAGAUUAAUGACAGUACGGUCUGCCCUCACAACGGAAGUGAACUGUCAGAGCAGCUCAAGUCGUAUUUCUGAGUAGAGCUGAAAGGAUUAGUUGAAUAAUUGAUUAGUCAGUCAACAAAGAAAUUAACCAGAAACAGUUUUAAUAAUUGAUUGAUUGUGUUAGUAAUUUUUCCAAGCUGGUUCCAGCCUCUUAUGUGAGGAUUUGCUUCUUGUCUCUGUGUUAUAUGAAAAUAAACUGAAUUUAUUUGGGA